GCGCCCCCCGCGUCCCCCGCGCCCAGCCCGAGACCCCGCGCGCCGCCGACCAGCGCCAGGCCUGCGGGCGCAGCGGCCGUGCGCAUCAUGAGCCGCAUCUACCACGACUGCGCCCUCCGGAACAAGGCGGUGCGGAGCGCGCGGCUGCCGGGGGCCUGGGACCCCGCCGCCCACCAGGGGGGAAACGGCGUCCUGCUGGAGGGAGAACUGGUAGAUGUGUCUCGCCACAGCAUCUUGGAUGCCCAUGACAGGAAGGAGCGCUACUAUGUGCUAUACAUCAGGCCCAGACGCAUCCAUCGCCGGAAGUUCGACCCCAAGGGAAAUGAAAUCGAGCCCAACUUCAGCGCCACCAGGAAGGUGAACACGGGCUUCCUCAUGUCAUCCUACAAGGUGGAAGCAAUGGGGGACACGGACAGACUCACGCCCGAGGCACUGAAGGCACUGGUACAAAAGCCAGAGCUGCUUGCGCUGACGGAGUGCCUUACCCCCGCCCAGACAGUGGCGUUCUGGAUGUCCGAGUCAGAGAUGGAGGCGAUGGAGCUGGAGCUGGGGGUCGGGGUACGGCUGAAAACUCGAGGCGAUGGCCCCUUCCUGGAGUCAUUAGCCAAACUUGAGGCUGGAACAGUGACCAAGUGUAAUUUUGCUGGUGAUGGAAAGACAGGGGCAUCCUGGACAGACAACAUCAUGGCCCAGAAGUCUUCGAUGGGAGCCACAGCGGAGACCCGAGAGCAGGGGGACGGGGCGGAGGACGAGGAGUGGCCAGAAGAAAUUCAACAGCAGAUUGUUCGAGAGACCUUCCAUCUAGUUCUCAAGCGAGAUGACAACAUCUGUAACUUCUUGGAAGGUGGAAGUUUGAUUGGUGGCCCUGAGUACAAACUGAUUUAUCGGCACUAUGCUACACUCUACUUUGUGUUUUGUGUGGAUUCAUCAGAGAGUGAACUUGGAAUCUUGGACCUCAUCCAGGUUUUUGUGGAGACCCUGGAUAAGUGUUUUGAAAAUGUUUGUGAAUUGGAUUUGAUCUUCCAUAUGGAUAAGGUGCACUACAUCCUUCAGGAGGUGGUGAUGGGUGGGAUGGUGUUGGAAACCAACAUGAAUGAAAUCGUGGCUCAGAUUGAAGCUCAGAACAGGCUGGAGAAAUCCGAGGGUGGCCUUUCAGCAGCCCCUGCCCGGGCCGUGUCUGCUGUGAAAAACAUCAAUCUGCCGGAGAUUCCUCGGAACAUCAACAUUGGUGAUCUCAACAUCAAAGUCCCCAACCUGUCCCAGUUUGUCUGAGGGCCCACGGCUACUGAACUGCAGUCUUUGAAGCAAGCCAA